AACACUGUUUCUGCGACCGGCGUUUGUUUGGUGUUUUUUGUGUUAAUUGAGUUUUCUGCAGUUGUUAGCCGCGAAAAUGAAGCGCCGAAGCCAAACCAAAGCCCAAGCAGCCAAGGACAAUAGUAAUAAGUCCAAGGACAAAAGUAACAAGUCCAAAGAAAAGGCCGGCGCCCUAACGUUAGCCCAAUUCAGCUCCGAUGUCAUAUGGCAGGUUGCAUCCCAGUAUUGGUCGCCGGACACAAAGGCGGACCAUUUGCCGUACAGCGCAAAGGUUAUUGAACGCAUCUACAAUGAGGAAAUCGGCGGCAGCCACAGCUCGCGGCGCAUCAACAUGCUCGAGUUCAGCCAGUACAUGGAACAGUAUCUGUGGCCGAACUACCAGCGAGAGACGGCCACACACGCGCACCUCAUGUCCAUUGUGAUCAUGGCCAACGAGAAGUUUCGCGAGCGCGUACAGGUGUGGAAUGUGUUCGAGGAGCAGCCCGAACAGUAUCCGGAAUUCUUCCGCCACGUGCUGGAGUCGUGUCUGCCGGACAAGGGGGCGAAGGAGGCGAGGAGCACGUUGCGUGAACGAACGUCACUGCUGAUGUUUCUCAAUCACUGCUUCAACAGCAUGGAGAUCGAGCUGUGCCGCGAGCAGGCCAAGCGUCUCGUAUCCCUCUCCAUGUGGCACUGUCUGCAGCCCCGCCGUCGCGAGCAGGAGCUGCGUGAGGUGCCCGAGUGGCGAAAGUACUGGAAGCGGCUGCUCAAAAAGGACAAGGACCCCAAGGCCGAAGUCCUGUGGGAGCGGCACUUUAUGCAGAACCUCAUCAUCGACUUCCUGGACAUACUCGAGAGCAUUCCCGCCGAGGGCGAGAUUAACCCCUGUCUGGUGCACUACUGCGAGCGCUUUCUAGAGUUCAUCAUCGAUCUGGAGGCCCUGCUGCCCACGCGGCGCUUUUUCAACACCGUCCUGGAUGACUGCCACCUGAUUGUGAGGGCUCUGCUGUCGCCGCUGGUGCGCCGCGAGGAGGGCAAGCUCUUUGGCCAGCUCCUGGACAUGCUGAAGUUCUACACCCGAUUCGAAAUCAACGACGUGACAGGGAACUCCCUCACCGACCACGACAUGACCCAGCUGCAUUACAAGAAGAUCACCUCCCUGCAGCGGGCAGUGUUCGCCAAGUUCCCCAGCCUGCGAGUGUUCGCCCUAUCCAAUGUGGCCACCGUGGACAAUCGGGAGUCGCUGGAGCAGCAUUUCGGGGGACUGGAUGGGGAGGGACUGAAGCAGAUCGCCACGUUUCUGAACCUAGUGCCGGAUGAGGUGGCCGCACCUUUCGAGUGGCACCGACUCGAUGAGCCUUUUCUGCGGGAGCUGCUGAUCACGCGGCACGAGAAGCGCUGCUCCCAGCUGGAGGCGCUCAACGAGAUGCCGCUGUACCCCACGGAACAGGUCGUCUGGGAUGAGAAUGUGGUGCCCUCGGAGUACUACACGGGCGACUGCUGUCUGGCCCUGCCCAAGCUCAACCUGCAGUUCCUCACGCUCCACGACUACCUCCUGCGCAACUUCAAUCUCUUCCGCCUGGAGUCCACCUACGAGAUUCGGCAGGACAUCGAGGAUGCCGUCAGCCGCAUGCUGCCCUGGAAGUCGGAGGACGGCGACGUCGUCUUUGGAGGAUGGGCACGCAUGGCCCUGCCCAUCGCCAGCUUUGCUGUGGUGGAGGUGGCCAAGCCGCAUAUCGGGGAGAAGAAGCCCUCCCGCGUGCGAGCAGAUGUGGGCGUGACCCUUUCCGUGCGCCGCGAGAUCAAGACGGAGUGGGAAAACCUGCGAAAACACGACGUCUGCUUCCUGAUAACCGUGAAGCCCACACAGCCUUAUGGCACCAAAUACAAUCCGCGCGAGCCCUUCAUCCCACAGGUGGGGCUGGUCAGUGUGCGGGGCUGCGAGGUCGAAGGCAUGCUGGAUGCCAACGGUCGUGUGGUCGAAGACGGGCCCGAGCCGCGGCCCCAGCUUCCAGGAGAGCAGCGCUGCUACCGUGUGUGGCUGGACUCGAAUCAGUAUCGCCUGGACAUGGACGAUCUACAGGAUGGCGCCGAUGAUGUCUACGAGAGCUUCAACAUCCUGAUGCGUCGCAAACCCAAGGAGAACAACUUCAAGGCCGUCCUGGAGACCAUUCGCCAUCUGAUGAACACAGAGUGCGUGGUGCCGCCGUGGCUGCACGACAUACUCCUCGGAUAUGGCGAUCCCGGGGCGGCCCAUUACAGCAACAUGCCAAAUCAGGAGCGCAGUCUGGAGUUCAACGACACCUUCUUGGACUAUGAGCAUCUGAAGGGGAGCUUCCCUAGCUACGAGCUGAAAUGCGAGCUCCCAGAAGAGAGCCGAUUGCCACCCUAUCGUCUGAUCUUUGAGGAUGUGCCCGUACAAAAGGACAGCGACGAUGAAGAAAAGGACGUUGACGAAGAGAAGAAGGAGCAAGUGGCUUCUGUUAGCAAGUCGAUUGUAGUGCAGCCCUAUAAAUACGAGGCGAGGGGACCCUAUCCCAGCGACAAGCCUAAACAAAACUCCAUUCGCUUUACGCCCACACAGAUCGAGGCCAUUCGGGCUGGCAUGCAGCCGGGUCUGACGCUGGUGGUGGGCCCUCCCGGCACUGGCAAGACCGAUGUGGCCGUGCAGAUCAUAUCCAAUAUCUACCACAAUCAGCCCAACCAGCGGACACUCAUUGUCACGCACUCCAAUCAGGCGCUGAAUCAGCUGUUCGAGAAGAUCAUGGCCCUGGACAUUGAUGAGCGACAUCUGCUGCGUCUGGGCCACGGCGAGGAGGCUCUAGAGACGGAGAAGGACUACAGCCGCUAUGGCCGCGUGAACUACGUGCUGGCCAAGCGAAUGGAUCUGCUCAAUCAAGUGCAACGCCUGCAGGAGGCCCUCGGCGUGAGCGGCGACAAUGCGUACACGUGCGAGACAGCCGGCUAUUUCUAUUUGUACAAUGUGAUGGCACGCUGGGAGAAGUUCCAGGACCAGAUCAGAGUGCACCAGGAGGAGGCAGACCUGGACAAGCUGAGGGCUCUGUUCGAGAAGGAUUUCCCCUUCGGCAAGUUCUUUGCGGAUGCCCCGCAGCCGCUGUUCAAGGGAUCCACAUACGAGGAGCUCCUGGCCACAGCCGAGUCAAACUUCCGCUACAUUUCGGACAUCUUCACCGAGCUGGAGGAGUUCCGCGCCUUCGAGCUGCUGCGCACAGGCUUGGAUCGCUCGAAGUAUCUGCUCGUGAAGGAGGCCAAAAUCAUUGCCAUGACAUGUACCCAUGCGGCGCUCAAGCGCAAGGAGCUGGUCAAUCUGGGCUUCCGCUACGACAACAUCCUGAUGGAGGAGUCGGCGCAGAUCCUGGAGAUCGAAACGUUCAUUCCCCUGCUGCUGCAGAAUCCCCUGGAUGGCCUGAAUCGCCUCAAGCGCUGGAUCAUGAUCGGCGACCAUCACCAGCUGCCGCCCGUGAUAAAGAACAUGGCCUUCCAGAAGUACUCCAACAUGGAGCAGAGUCUCUUCACCCGCCUGGUGCGCCUCGGCGUUCCCACCGUCGACCUCGAUGGACAGGGACGUGCGCGGGCCAGCAUCUGCUCGCUGUACAAGUGGCGCUACAAGAAGCUGGAGGAUUUGCAGCACAUCUUCGAGCGGGACGAGUACAAGCAGGCAAAUCCAGGUUUCGCCCACGACUAUCAGCUGAUAAAUGUGGAGGACUUUAAGGGCGUCGGCGAGAGCGAACCCAAUCCGUACUUCUAUCAGAACCUCGCUGAGGCGGAGUACGUCGUUGCCGUGUAUAUGUACAUGCGUCUGCUUGGCUAUCCUGCUGAAAAAGUCUCCAUUCUGACGACGUACAACGGCCAGAAGCAUCUCAUCCGUGACGUAAUCGGCGCCAGGUGUGGCAACAAUCCCCUCAUCGGCUGGCCACACAAGAUCACCACCGUGGACAAGUACCAGGGCCAGCAGAACGACUACAUUCUGAUCUCGCUGGUGCGCACCAAGGCGGUGGGACACUUGCGCGAUGUACGGCGUCUGGUGGUGGCCAUGAGUCGUGCCCGGCUUGGCCUCUAUGUCUUUGGUCGGGUGUCUCUGUUUAGGAACUGCCUGGAGCUGCAGAAUACCUUUAAGCUGCUAACGCAGCGACCAUUAAAGUUGGUCUUGGUACCCGACGAUAGCUACCCCACGAAACGAUUGUCAGCUGAUGCAGUUGCCGACAAGGCGCUCAAAUCUGUGGAGAACAUGUCCGAAAUGGCGCAGUAUGUGUACGAGCAGUACAUGGCCAAAAUGGAGGAGCUAAAGGACACCCUGCCAUCAGAGGAGGAGUUGCGUGCCAUGCGCAGCAAAUUGCCCCACGAAGAGGAGGAUGAUGACGUGGGUGCUGCCGUCCCAGAGGAAGUUACAGAGGAGCCGCCGCAAAAGCGUGCAGCCAAGGAAGCGCCUGCUGGUAAGAAGGCCCCUGAGGUAUUCAAACCCACGCCCAUACUCAACGAGAUCGCCAUGGAUGAGCCAGAGCCUGAGAGGAGCCAGGCACAGCCGCAGCAGGAGAUUCAGAUUCAGGAGGAAAGCACCGAGAAACCUCCACAGGAAUCUGCGGAGAAGACGCCCGAGGCAGAGUCCUAAGCUUUGAUUAAUUGAUUCAUUAAUUUUAAUUAAAUAAUUUUCAACAAUA